AAAGUACGACGAGAAGCCAUCAUCUGGACUCAACUUUGUGAUCAUCCCAAUGUCCUACCCUUCUAUGGCAUCUAUCAUGAUUUUGCCCCUUCUUCCUACUGCCUCGUAUCGCCAUUCAUGCCUAGUGGAUCCCUCCAUCAAUAUAUGAAUAACACCAGCCAUCCCGAUCAGCACAAACUCGCCCUAGAUGUCACCCACAGCAUGAACUACCUCCACAAACUUCUCAUCAUUCACGGUGAUCCCAAAGGGGAUAACAUACUGAUCACCGACGACCAAAGAGCAGUCAUCGCAGAUUUCGGCUUAUCCUUCGUAAUGGGUGUUACAACCUUUACAACUUUGUCUUCACCACAUAAGGGCGGCGCUGUAAGGUGGCAGGCUCCAGAAGUCCUCAAUGGGAGUCCUAACAGCCUGUCAACCGACGUAUACUCGCUCGCAUGCGUGUACUUUGAGGUGCAUAUUUUCCCACACCCCACCCCACCCCCAAUUCUCUGA